AUGCAAACGUCGCGACAUCUUCCUAACCAUGGCAAAGCUUCCUCCCUGCCAACCUCCCAUGGUAACCGAGCGUACACAGUCUCCUAUCAGAUUCUUGAUGCACCAGGAAUCCUCAAUCAUCCAAGUGAACCUCGAUACACAGGCCCACCAGCAACUGAACUUGACUGGCCUACCUACCAAGAUCUAGCGCCAUCUUCAUCCCUCAUGUUGCAAGGUAUCAGGGCAUCGAGUUUAGCGAUGCCACCGUUUGGACACGACAUGUCCAUUGGUGGGGUGUCCAAGGUCGAAAACUACGGUGAUGGUUGGGCCUGGCCUCAACAACCCACUACCCAUCAACCGACGUACAACAGCAUGUUCGAUCCCUCCAUCUACGCAAACACAAACUUUACACCUCAUCUGCAGCCGCCAUCGCGCGUGCAGCCCCGUCACCAUCCGAUCGCAACCUCUCACGUUCUCUCCACCGGAACUUCGACACCUCCACCACCGAGGCACCAAGUGACUGGGAGCAUGGUCAAAGCGCAACCCGCCUUCAAACCCACAUGGCAAGGCUUUCUCGACACCACCAAAGAUGCCAUGACCGUUGUCGAGGCAGCGCUGCAGGGGCGUCUCAACCACAUCAGCCGUCGACCUCACGACAAAGAAAGAGCGGAGAUGCUUACUUCCGGAACGGUCUUGGUUUACGAAGAGAAUGCAUCUGGCAUCAAGCGUUGGACUGACGCUGUGCACUGGUCACCCAGCCGAGUCAUGAACAACUGUUUGAUCUACCGACAACUAGUACGAGCUCUAAAGCCGGAAGAGAAGAAGACUGCUCUAAACCCUUCUUGCGGUUCAAAGCGCAAGCGCAAGGAGAGCGCUGGGCCUUCCAUCACCAAGACGGGAGACAACGUCAACAACUCGGACGAUGAGUACGACAACCCCUCGCUCGAGGGAUCCCUCCCAGGCGAAGGCGAUUCCGUUGGCAAGGUCUACGCCAACUUUGCACAAAGUCUUAGCCCCGAUCAGCAGCGGCGCUUCUGUGGAUCACUGAUCGACAGUUAUGAGUUCAAGGAAGGGGGCCUGAUGAAGAAGACGAUUUCAGUCAAGUAUCAGGGCACCCACCACCAUGUCAUCUCCUACUACAGCCUGGAAGAUGUCGUAAGCGGUAAACUUCAGCGUCCGUUCCAGGAUCCAAGGCUUGAGCACAUACAACCGAGACCGGAACUUCUUACUGGUUGGAAAGUCAGUCUAGAGGACGAAGAAACAAAGGACAUGCCACUCGUUGCGGGCUACUCUCAGCACAUUCAGCCUAGCCACGUGCAGCACCAUGCUAUCACGGCGGUGACGCAAGCAGUCGGUCCACAUGGAAUCAUCCAGGCCCAUGGUCCGCCCCACCUACAGGUACCGGAGUACUGGCACGGCGGACACGUUCAGCAUUAUGCACAGAGCCAUCAUAGCCCUCAGCAUUACGCAUCGCCUCAAUCAGGUGCAUCCCAAACCGCUCCGGCGCAUCCAUAUCAAUACCCUGCCCACCCUACGCCGACACAUCAAUACGUCCAGCCUUCCUCGCCUCAACCUUACCCAUCACCUCAAUCGUCAAAUCAGUCCUACCCUGCGCCAGUAACCGCUUCUCAGCAGUAUGCACCACACGCGCAACCUAGCCGCCACUACUCGAUCGAUCAGCAACACACAGCCCUGAGACCUCACUACCCCCCUCAGGUAGCAGCGCCUCCUUACGCAGCGUCUCAGCAUUCUCAGCCUACUCCACCACCUGCUGUGUCUCAGUACACAGUUCCGACGGCCCCGAGCUUCGACGUCCAGGUUUCUGUUCCACAGGGCGCGACCUCUCCCCAGCAACCUCCCCCGGGGCUGGCCCAGCAGCAUGAUCCUCAAAGGAGGGCAUCGGCCCCUGUGGCCCUGCAGUCAUACACUCAACCGCAGUACCACCCUGCUCCGCCUCACCCAGCGGCGUACUAUGUCGAAGAUGCCAAAUACCCACCCCAUACACAGCACGGCUAUUAG